CUCCAGCAGCACACGCAGACACAUGCAGAGGUGCACCGGUCUCCUGUUUCUGUCUUUAAUCCUUUGUGCCGCCCUCUCGGAAACGCUCGGGCUGGUUUUCUCAGCAAAAGACAAAAGGGGCUGGACUUUGAAUAGUGCUGGUUAUCUGCUUGGGCCACAUGCAGUAGAUAAUCACAGAUCUUUUAAUGACAAGCAUGGUUUCACUGGUAAACGUGAAAUACCACCUGAUGAAGAUAUUAAAGCAGGGAGCCUCGGAAGACCCGUGGCUGACGAAAACAUCGUGCGCACAAUAAUCGAAUUUUUGACUUACUUGCACCUGAAAGAGGUGGGAGCACUUGAUAAGCUACCUACACCAGAAGAAAUGAGCCAGUCUUGAAGAAUACAUUUUUAUUUUGUUGCAGUGUAGAUUUAGACUGAAUUCUAAACAAAAGACCAAAAUGACCUGAAGUUAAGAAUUAUGGUUUGCAUUUAUUCUGAUAAAUGGUAAACAGCAUUCUGCCCUCUGGUUGGUUUGUUGGAUUUUUUUUUGCUUUUUUUUUUUUCCCCCUUCCCUCUCCUGCAGUGUUACAGUGUAUAAUUUUGCUUUGGUAAAAUUUUUCUGUAGGUAAAUGAUAAAAUAAAAAUAAAGAGCAA